UCCUUCGUUCUCCGUCGUCUUUGGGUCGAACAUGCAAGCAGCUCCAUCGCAUAACGCAACCAAUGCUCUACCACACUCUGCAAUUCUACGGCGACAAACACUGCAACCUUGGAGACACCAAGGAUUCUAGAGAGCCAGGUUACCUUACUCGGGACUUUCUUCUCCUUCGCACAUUAUUGCAACAACCAGAACUAUCUCAGCAAGUCAGUCGCCUCGAAGCUAACUUUAACCUCAUCGACUGGGCUCGAGAGACGGCAAACUGCCAAUCCCCCGAAGACUUUGCUGCAUCUGCCAACCAUGUAUUCGAAAAGUUUCAGUAUGAAUCAGGGUAAACCUACGAGGCUAGACGCGAACGUUGUGUAUAAAGGAGAAACUAUCCUGGACAAUCUAGAUGUGCUUUCCCGGAUAGCUCUAUGUGUUGCAUGUCCAAAUGUCGAAUACAUUGCCAUGUAUUCGUAUUUCAUGACAUCCCAUGCCCAGGUGCAAAUUAAGAAGCCACCGACUUGGGAGAAUCUACGCGGCGUGAACACUAGCUUCAUGGAUUCACAUUUCGGCGUCAUAUUCGAUGAGGAAGUAACUUGGAUUGUGAAUCAUGCUCCAAAUCUCGAAGUUCUCUCGGGAGAGAAAA